UAACGAAAUAACAUAACGUAAUAUUUUAUUUUACAAUUUAUUAUUUUUUGUUAUAAAUAUACCUAUUUGAAAUUAAAAUCACGUUGGUACUAUUAAAGUACUUAACAAGGUUUUGAAACUUAACACAGAGUGGCGCUUCGAUCAACAUCGACUUUCAAUAUCAUCUCAUAUUUUUUCGAAAAUAAUUUAUGGUGCUGUACAUUGUACACAUGAAUAUUAACUUUAUUAUGAGAGGAUAACAUAACUUGAAUUAAGAGUGUAAAUAUAAGUAGAAACAUACGAAAUGAUUGAGUCUUGUACAAAGAAGCGAAUGUUGUUAGGUAUAAUUUUAUUAGGAGGAUUAACAAUUCUAGUGUUGAUCGUUGAAAGUCACUGGACAAAUUCUCCAAAUAAACUUUAUCUUGAUAACUUUGAGAAUAAUACUGUUUGUGUAUCGGGAAAUGAAUAUGAGAUAAUUACAGAAUGUCAUCCAUGCGAUGCUUUUGAAAUUGCAAGUGAAAGUAUUACAGUGUGUAUUCAUGCAAGAUAUAAAGAAGUUUUGAAGUGUAAAAGUGGAGAAACUAUAACAAGAAGUUGUGACAGAGUAGCAUGGUUAGAAGAGAGAGCAUUUUGGAAAUUUGAAGGUUUUAUGUUUGCCUUAGCAUUUAUUUCUUGUAUUAGUGUAUAUUGGAGAGAAAAUAUACUAAGGCAAAGAAUUAUUCGCAAAGUUGCCAGACAGUUAAGAGCUAGUGUAUAGUAAGUGAAAAAUAAAUUUGUUUAUAAAUUUUUUAUAAUUAUAUGAUAUAUUUUAGUGGUUUCAAAAACCUGAAAAAUGGAUGAAGCAUAUUUAGAGAUACAUUCACUGACUGAUUUAUGCCUUGCUCCAAUAGAAACGAUCA